AUGGGAGACCUUUUGUCUUUAUUUUGGGAGGUGGACCCUCCUCCCAUACCUCUCAGUUUUACCAUUCCCAGCCAGGAUGCUGAGUGCCGGAAAGAUGACUCUUGCGGGACAAUAGGGAGUUUCCUGCUCUGGUAUUUCAUCAUCAUCCUGGUCCUCCUGUUCUUCUCUCGGGCUUCAGUCUGGAUGUCUGAGAGCAAGAGGGAUGAAGACAGCGGGACCAGUGCUUCACUGAGUAAAGCAAGCAAAGAAACUCCCUGUAAGCGACAAAGUAGAGAAGGGUCCUGGGACUCCUCACUAGUGAUGAAGAAACCAAAGCAGAACCAACUUUCCCCAGUGACUGACUCCGAGGCAGCUUUGGUCAGCGCCUACCUUGAACAAAGGCGAGCCAGGCGCCAUUCCCAGUUCCACCGGGUGAAUCAGGUCCAGCAAGAUAGUGACACCACUGAGUGUGACAGCGAGGAAUCGAACUCCGGAGCGUCGUCCUGGAAGGAGAGUGAAAGUGAUCAUCAUCCGUCACCUGCCAAUAUGAAGAGGAGGAAGUCAGUGUCCAGGCAAAGGGAUAUGGAGAACUAUGAAGUCAGAGAAAGGCCCUGUCUCCACUGCAAAGCCAUGAGAACCAGUGAGUGGCUGACGCGGCACUUCCCAGCGAGCGCUUCGGUAACAGCUGCCAUGCAGGGAGAGACUCAGGAGGAGCAUUUGACACCCGGCACCAACACAAAAUUCAGCAACUUUUGAAUUUGGCAUCCUUACCUUAACUUGAAGUCAAAAAGAGGAGGUGAAUAAAACAUGGAAACCAGAGUUGUAGGUGAGGGAGACGUUCACAAUAAAGCCUCUUUACCACACCAACAGUAUAAUUGGAACCCAAGACAAUGUCAGAUUUCAGACAAAUUCAUUGUUUUAAACAAAGUCAGGGAGUUUGUUCAUGCUCCCGUGGGAACACGGAAGACCUGUAUCUUCUAUGAUUUUUUUUUUAAGUCAAAAGAGCCCAGGGCAGAUAGUCCA